CCUCUCAAUUUCCUCGCCAAGUUCUUCGUAUCCGCUAUCCCUAAUAUGAAAAACAUGCAACCUGAUGACGUCACGUUCCUGGCUAGGGUCAAUGGCAUCCUGAAGAAAUACUUGACUUGCAUGGAGCUCUGCCAUCUUCGCGAUGCCCUUCGCCAUCUCCUCUCUAUUUCACGUCUUGGGAAUGUCUAUUUCCAAACCCAGCAACCAUGGGUUCUUUUCAAAAACGCGGACACAGUGUAA